AGAACCCCUCUACUUCCGCCUUGUGAUGGUAGAGUCCACCUACGUCCUGCGCGGGAGCGGAAAAACAUGCAUGCGACAGACUCACAGUGCGGAAAAGGAGAGCUUAAUAUGGCUCGAGAAGACUGGAAGCCGGGAGAUCUUAUAUUUGCUAAGAUGAAGGGUUAUCCUCACUGGCCUGCAAGAAUUGAUGAAGUGCCAGAUGGUGCAGUGAAACCAUCUAACAUCAAGUAUCCUAUUUUCUUCUUUGGUACCCAUGAAACAGCUUUCCUGGGUCCAAAAGAUAUCUUUCCAUACCUACCAAACAAAGAGAAGUAUGCAAAGCCCAACAAGAGGAAAGGCUUCAAUGAAGGGUUGUGGGAGAUUGAAAACAACCCAAAAGUUGAACUCACUGCACCUAAGCCGGUUCCUCCUGAGUCUUUCACUGGAAAGGAUUCGGACAGCGGCGCAGAAGGAGAAGAAGCAGCUGAUAAAGAAGUAAAAUCCAAUGUUCCAGGAAGUGAGGCUGAGCAGGAGAAUGUGGAGGAGGAGGAGGAGGAGGAGGAAGGGUCUCUGAUGUCUGAGCAGGGCCUUCAGAACCAGGAUAGUUCUGACCCGAAGGAAUCAACAGAUGUUUCCAAAUCCAAGCGAGGAAGAAAGAAAAAGAGUGUUUCAGACCAGGAGAAUGACAAAGAUGAGGCUCCAGCAAGUCCUGUUAGUCCCUCAGGUGGAGAAGGUCCUAAAAAAAGAGGCAGGAAGCCCAAAAGUGAGAAGUUGCUUUUGCUUCAGCAGCAGGAGCAGCAAGGCUCUGGAAGUGAAAUAGACUCAAAUGAAUUGGACAAAAAGAGGAAGCGAGCACCAGAAGACAAACAGCAAAGUGUAGAAGAAGAAAAGAGAAAGAAGAGGGAAGGCAGCAAAGGGAAGGAUGCAGAGGUCAAAGAGCCUGAAGCCAAGAAGAAAAAACAGUCCAAGGAUGACGGCUCCUCUGGUUCUGAUGAUGACGAGUCUCAGAAAAACAGAAGCAGAAAGAAACUGCAGAACUCAGAAAUGGACAAAGACGUGCGGCGGUGGAAGGCAGAUGAAACGAGAGAACCGAUCAAAGAUGAUGUGAAGAAAACAGAGACAGCACCCAAGAAGAAGGAAAUGUCAACUGACUUGAAACUCCAGAAACUCCACAGUGCAAUCAGAAUUUCACUGAAAAUUGACAACCCUGAUAUUAAAAAGUGUUUGGAUGCAUUAGAUGAAAUAAGCACUCUUCAAGUCACCACUCAGCACCUGCAGAAACACAGUGAACUUAUUGCAACAUUAAAAAAGAUUCGGAGAUUCAAAGCCAGCCAGGACAUCAUGGACAAAGCCACCAUGUUGUAUAACAAGUUUAAAACCAUGUUUCUUGUUGGAGAAGGAGAUUGUGUGCUCAGCCAAGUGCUUAACAAGUCUUUAGCUGAACAACGGCAAUAUGAAGAAGCAAAGAAAGGAGCACUAAAGCGAGCUGAACUUGUCAAAGACAACAACACAGACAAGAUGACCAAUGGAGAUGUGAGUCCUGAAGAGAAGAAACAUGAGAUGGAAAAGCAUGAAGAUGCUUCAGCUGGAGAAAAUCACAGUGCUUCAAAGGUUCAAGAGUCCACCUGAGUGACCAACUUGCCUGAAGAAAGAUUUGCUGCUGUAUUAAUACAACUUUAAGAAAAUAGUGUCCAGUUUUCUGAACCUUCUAGUCACUUUUGCUGCUCAAAGAUUGAAUUGAAUCAGUCACAUGCCCCACAAUGUCUCACUGCAUAUUCUAUUUUUGUACUCUUGAAACCUUGUGCUAGCUGCUGUGGAUGUACUGAAUUCAUGUCGGUGUGGAAUAUAUUUGUAAAUCUGCAGUACUUGAAUGUUGAUGCUAAUGAACAUGCUCACAGGAAACGGUUUGGACCAUCUGGCUCCUUUUUCCAUUUCUAUUGAAGUAAAUAUUUGGGGUCCCAUCAUUUCAUUUUGACUUAACUUAGCUUGACUUCACAGUCAACUCUAUAAAAUAUGUAAAAGUAGCUGUUUUAACUCUGUAAUGCAUGUUUCAUAGACUCAUAAUGCACAAACUUAAGAAAAUUGCCAAAGUUACCUUAACAAAAUGCUUUGUUUGAGUAUCUUUUAGGUUUUCUUUUAACAUAGAUGUAAAUAAGAUUUAUUUUUUUUGUUCCUGUCUGAUGACCAGUUUCACCAUCUAGUAAUAAAGCAGUAGAUAUGGUA